AUGACAUUCGUCACAACCGCCUCCCCAGCAACAGCAACCUCAACGACCUGCGAUGGUUCAGGGCAGUACGAACUCCCAGUCAAAGAUGCCGCCUGUGGCGUCCCAAAUAUCAAAAAUUACCAGUCCCUCUUUGACAACUGCGCGAAGCCAGCUGGUUCCCGACCAUAUUACCACGACUGUGCCCUGUGGGGCCUUGCCGUCGACCAGUCUGUCCAAGACCUCACCGAUUGUCUUUACAAAGCUGGUGUCGCUUGGGAAGAUGUCUGGUGUCAUGGUGAUACCAACGGGACCGCUACGGCGACGUCUUAUCCUACUCCGACAGCUACGGGUACAUCUACCUCAACUGGGAAAAAGAGCGGCACAUCUUCUACCUUGUCCUCGACAAGCGAGACAAAUAUGGCCAUCUCGUCACAAGGCCAGAUUCCGACUAAGAUUGCGCUAGGACUACUGGGGCUUGUCUUGACGGGUGUUUUUGUUUGA